AUGGCGCCCCCGCACAGCAGCGACAUCUGUGCUAGGUACCAAGUAGAAUUAGCCACGGGGAUCAUUUUGAAAAAUAAUUACCAACGGGUGGCAGUACAGUUGCCUGACGGCAUGCUGGAGGAUUCUCUUCUCCUUUCGAAUGCCAUCAGGGGGGAACUCCACAAACAAGGUGGUGCACCUCUCCCUUCCAGUCACGAACCAACGGGGAUAGUCACCCCAUGUUGUGGCGGAAAAUCUCUCACCAAAGACGAAUAUGCCUGUGGGAAAGAAGACAAUUCAUUUGGAAUUCCCCCCGAUGGGGUUAACAUAUACAUUUUAGGAGACACAUCACUGAACGAAUGCUGCGAAGACUACGUAAGUGCUGAACAUGUGAAGGCAGAUCUUCUGUUGCAUUAUGGACCCUCAUGUCAGUCGAUAGUAACGUCAUCCAUUCCUUCGGUUUACCUCUUUAGUGAGAUAAAAGAGGAGGAAGCGUUUUACAAAACAGUUAAAGAGGGGUUCAUAGGGAGUAACUUUCCCGACAGGGGUGAAGUGUGCAUGAUUUUGUGCGACGUGAGCUACACGGGGUGUAUGUCCCACUUGGUGAACGCGUUUGUGGAGGUCAGCGGUAAUGCAGGAGGGGGCGGAGCAGAUUGGGAGAACAGAGUGAAGCCGCUUUUCCUGGUGGACGGCCGACUCGUGGGGGGAAAGUCCUUCCGACCGGGCGGAACGGAUGCAACAGAAACGGAUGCUAUAAACAUGGAUGCAAUAAACACGGAUGCAAUCCAGAACGACGCCGUCAACACCAAUGUAAUCGCGUGCCUGAACAGAAUAGCCAGCAACGUGCAGGGCAAAAACUGCUACGGGGACCACGGGAACUAUAUCGAGUUGGACGCGCAGGAAGACCUCGAGGGGAAGUUCGCCUUCUUCUGUGGUAGGUUGCUCACAAGAGUUCUGUAUAACCACACAGUGGGAACAUUAAUUUAUGAGGUCAUACGGAAGGAGGAGAUGUCCCCUCCGUGGGGGGUCAUCCUAAAGAAAGGGCAAGAACAAAGAACCAAUUUGUUUCUUUUCCCAAACGGAAAUCUAAACCUAAAGCGUAGGUGUAUUCUAGAAUAUGAAUGUUACCCCGACAGGGUGCAUAUAUACGAAGGGGAGGAGAAAAAACAUCUCGGGGCAAACGGAAACGGAAACAAAAACGGAAGUAAUGAAGCUUCCCAUUUUGAAACAAAAAAGGAUCUGGAUAAACUACUACUGAAAAGGUACGGUCUCAUAGAAAAGUGCAAGAUGGUAGAUACGUUUGGCAUUUUAAUAGCCAACGUAAACUUAAAAAGGAGUCUGGAAAUGAAAAGAUGCUUAAGUUAUAUUUUACGAUCGAGGGGGAAGAAGUGCUUUACCAUUGCUACCAACAAAUUGAAUGGUCCCAAACUGGAAAAUUUUUCCGACAUAGAAAUGUACAUUCUUUUGUCUUGUCCUGAAAAGAGCUUCCUUGAAGUAGCUGAUUUUUCGAAGAAGAUUAUAACACCCUAUGAGUUUUUUAUUGCUUAUGGAUAUAUGGACUGGCAGUGCAGGUACCUCUUUGAGUUUUUCCACAUGUUGGAUGUACCGUCUGUGCGUAAUUCGCUGGAGGGCUUGCGCGGGGGCAAGUAUCGGCUGUGGUCCCUCGGAUGGGGGGCCCCCAGUCUGGCUGAUGCGCCAAACGGGGCUGUCCAAAGGGGCACGGCUAUUGAAUGCGACGGACUAGAACCAUCGGCUUCCUCUGAGGGGACGUCCGUGCCAACUCAAUCCCUCUUAACGUGCCACCCCCUCGUGGAUCCAUCUCUACCCAUCCCGGUAGAAGAACAGAAGAAAUUCAUAACCACCUUUGACGAGAGGUCGCCCAUGUGUAGGUACUUUUUGGAGACCUUAGUGGAGAACACGUCCCGAGAGUACAAGGGCGUCGAAAUGAACUACAACACGGACACCAUACCGGAGGUCGUUCCUGGGGAGGAUGGAAUAGCCCAGCGUUACGAGUCUGACUUGCGCUUUUGCGGCUGA